AUGACGGAUAACGAGUACAAUUCGUCGGGUAACGAGGGGGACGAUCCCAAUUCACGUCCCCUCCGGAGGAGGGGACAAGAAACGUCCUCUCCGGAGGACUGGACGCCGAAAUUUGGUGUCCCCUCCUCCGGAGAGGACGUGAAACGCAACGUCCCCGCGGAGGGGACGCCGAACGUCCGCAUGAAGGGGGACUGUCCCCCUUCAAGGGUUCAUUUAGAAGAUUAUGGCGGUGACAGAAUUGAUUACAGCGAUUGGUUUAAGUCAGGACAUGGGUUUGAUACUGAUGUUGAAACAAUUACUUGGGCUAAGAGUACUGCUAUAUGGAUUGGAUUUGAAUUAGUCAUUUCGUCACAUAAGAACGAGGGGAAAAAAAAGCUUCUACGAUGUGCUCGGGGUGAGCGUUACAGAGGAAAGACUGCAUGGUUUAUACUUACGGAUCCUGGUAUUUCGAGUACACACAACCAUGCUUUAGCUGUGUAUCCUAAAGGAUACCGUCAGAUGAGUGGGCUGAGUGGUGAGGCGAAAGAAAUUGUGCGAGAUAUGAGUGCGGCACAAGCGAAGCCGUGUUCUAUUAUGGCAGCUUUGAAAGAAAAAGUACCAUCUGACAACCCUACAAUAAGGCAAGUGUACAACUACAGAGAGACUUUGAGAAAGUCUAGCUUUGAGGGUAGAGAUGUGGUUGCGCAAUUUUAUCACAUGGCUCAGAAAAAUGAUUAUGUACACUGGACUCUUGCUAAGGAGGAUACAGGUGUGGUGACCCAUAUUUUCAUGGCUCAUCCUGAUUCAGUGAGACUACUUCGUUCGUACUACUGGAUCAUCGAUAUGGACUCCACGUAUAAGACGAACAAGUACAAGCUGCCUUUUUUUUGA